AUGGCUGUCGAGGCCAUUAUGGCCUCGGCCAUGCCGCUCAACACCAAGACAGAUCAUAUCCUCCAUGUUCUCACAGGAGCUGGACUUGCCCAUCGUCAAAAGCUCAAACCGAGAUCAUGGUUGAUCCAUCCUGAGAACAGGGCACAGUCCAUGUUGAGCUUCCAUGACGUCUGGAUGAAGGGUGCCAGCAUGAGCAUGGUUGGCUUUAACCAAAAGCUGGUCGAAGGCAACACCAUUGCCUUCGCCAUGUCCACCGAGCCAUCUAGAAGAGCCAUGCAGAUAGAGAAGAACAAGGCAUUGAUUGAGCAGUCAGGUGGUCAUCUUGCACCCAUCAAUGGUCAGGAAGGCUAUCUGACCAUCGGAGGCAGCCAUACAGUGGCAUACCUUCGCUGCAUCGAGGCAGGCCUCUCCGGGCCAGCGGGUGAGAGCACGACCCAUCCGAAAUCGGAUGCCAUCUGGAGCGCCAUCUCCGAGGGAUGGACAUGGGUGACUAUCAGCAGCAGUGUGGAAGAGGCCAUUCCACUCCUCCCAUCAUUUCUCCAAUCAUCCUUGAACUCGACCAGCAGCAUCCAGAAGAGCAUCACAGAGUUGGAAACUGCCAUGCUGCUGGCCACAUCAUUUGGCAGAGGCAUGACGAUGCAGCAGGCCAUACAGCAUGCAUCAGCUGCCGAUGUCCGGUGUCGGACCUCCAUUCCGGCAAUCGCGACAUUCGUGCAGAGAUUCGCCGGCCAUGCAGGUACAUUCCCCAUCCUUCAUUUCCUUUCGAAUUUCUCGAAGGUACAUGGCCGGAGUGUGCAGAUCGGCGAAGACAUGAUGUCGCUCAUCGCCAGCAUGGAUUUUAAAAAUCCCUCCAACAUGUUUCCCAUGGUCAGGACUGCCAUAUGGACCACAUUAUUGGGCUGCCCAUCCGCAUCCAUCAAGGAUGGCAUCGCCCGAAAUGUAGUCAAAAGUGACAUUGAGAAACUUCGCUCCCCAUCAGUCAUUGCCAAGACCAUUGAGGCGGAAGCAUUGCUUCUCGACUCAUGGUCGCUGCACCAGAAACAGCCAUCACAUCACAUGGACAACUGCUUCGGCAGACUCUGCAUCAGAUGCAUGGUCCAUGUCUUGAACAAGGGCCCAUCUGCCUCCAUUGAGAACAAGACAUACGAGUCAUUGGGAGCCAUCGUGGCAUGCUUCGCCAAGGAGGUCCAUGAGCCGCCAUCCCAGCAGAAAGCAUCGUCAGCAUCGGCCUCGACUGACAAGGUCAUGGACCUCAUCUCGACGAAGCCCUAUCAUGUGGCCAUGCUCCAGAACAGCCACAUGAGUUUGAACGGCAUGUACACGAACACGAAAGACCAUGGCGCAUUGGUCUUUCAGUUGGUGGACAUUCAGGUGACUGUCCCAUUGGAUGCAUUGAAGAAGUGGAGAUCCACGAAGGCCAUGGUCAUCGUGGCCUUGCAUGCGGCAUACGAGAAGCAUGCAUGCAAUGCAUCCAUUGCCUUCGAGCAGCAUCCUCGAUCAGUGUUCACAUCAUGCCCUUGCAAGAAGAAGGCCAUCCGUUUGGUGCCCAUGGGAACCAUUGCGAAGCAUAAUUAA